AUGUUUGUAUUCCGUGUCCUUAACACGGUGCCAUACACCAAUAGGACUGGAGCUAAGGAUUUAGUAGCCAGUGUCCAUUCCUUCCUCACGUCGAAUCUUCUCGUUGGCUUAGCUGUCUUAAUUUCUUGGAAGCAGUUCGGUGGCACGCCCAUAGAAUGUAUGGUUCCGUUGGAUUUCACAAGCGCCUGGGUACAAUAUUCGAACAAUUAUUGCUGGGCUCAACCGACGUAUUUCAUACCCUUCACGAGUGAGCUUGUAGAGCAAGUCAUUGAUCCAGCGGAUGUAGUCGCCGACGGAAUCACAGUCGGAGGAAGAGGUCCGGUUCCGCGAUUCGUGAAGAAAGGCGGCGAAAAGAUUUCCUAUUAUCAAUGGAUGUCGUUCUUUCUUCUUUUCGAAGCAGCUUGUUUUCGUCUACCCUGUUUCAUCUGGAAAUAUUUUGCCAGUCAAAGCGGAAUGCAAGUUGGCGAGAUUUUGCGAGUAGCUUCCGAUGAAAAUAAUGCAGUUCCGAUGGUCAAAAAAGCGAAUAUCGAUGCAUUGUGCAUUCAUUUACGAGGAGUGCUACGGUUUCAGAAACGAUUAAAAUUGAAAAAGAUAGUUCCACACAAGAUUCUUCGGUUUCUAAACAUCAAGUACUCGGCCUACUACGUCACUUUCAUCUACUUCGUGGCGAAGGUCGCAUUUUUGCUCAACGUCAUCUUACAAUCAAACUUGUUGAAUAAAUACAUGCUUCCACAUGAUCGUCAACAAAACUUUGGUUUCGAUAUGUGGAAGUCGAUAUUCUACGGUGGAAACGGAAAUGAAUCCUGGAGAGAAAGCGGAGUCUUUCCGCGUGUCACUCUCUGUGAUUUUGAGACAAGAGACAUGGGAAAUGUGCAAAUGCACACAGUCCAAUGCGUUCUUCUCCUGAAUCUAUUCACCGAGAAAAUUUUUGUUUUUCUGUGGGCAUGGUACAUCCUUCUUGGUGCUUUCACCGUUGGAAACCUCUUCUCUUGGCUCUUUGCAGUAUUUAAUCAAACCUAUAACGAGCAUUUCAUCCUGAAUCAUCUCGAAAUGUGUGAAGCUCCUUUUGAUAAAGAUGAUAUAAAAAAUCGUGAACACGUCAACCGCUUCAUCAGUCUCUACCUCGGCACUGACGGUCUUUUCCUUCUCCAACUCAUCGCUCAACACGCCGACGUCGUUUUCACUACCGAGCUCACCGCGGCACUUUUCAAGAGCUACAUUGAAAUUGAGGCUCAGCGAGCAACUUUGAAACAAAUGAAUGCAGUACUUCCUCUGCUCCGUCCGAAAGAUGCUGAAAUGGAGAGCGCAAUGAGUACAGCUCCAUCGACAAGUCACAAUCAACGAAGACGUGGAACUGAGCAAAUGGAUAAGCCUCCAAAAGGAAGGCAAGGCUCGAUUUCCACCCAACUCCGCCCGUUCAAUAGUUUCGAGGAGCCUGAUGCGCCAACAAAGAAGUUCGAUGAUAGCAGCAGUGACGAGGAGAAAAGUAGCAAGAAGAGCAGCAAGAAGCCGAGUCCAACGAAGAAAAAGGAAAGCCCUGGAACUUCCGGAUCUCCGCUCCGCCCGUCGUUGGCUCGAACUGGCUCGCCAGCUUUCAAUCAACUUCAUCUUGAUGAUCACAAACUUCCAAAAACCAGUGAAAAGAAACAUUGGUGA